CCUGAAUUUCUAACCUACGUCUCAGUGUGCUUUGUAACAGACAAUACUAUGGCCAACCAUGAGAUCCUUUUUCCAGAAAAUGUAGAGCAAACCAUGAAUGGUGUACUGCACCUUAUAAGCGUGUCAUCCAUGUCCGAUGAUUCUCUCCAAAACCUUAAACGUUUAGGAAAUUUUUUCUCUCACAUCAAACGAAUUCUUGACCUUUCGUUCAGUAUGGUUGACAAUGUUUUACUGGGUACUGAUCAUCCUCCUCAUCAAGACCUGGAGAGACAGGAUUUGGAGGGCUACAGCUACAACAGUUCUGAUGAUCUAUUGGGCAAACUCCAGCAAAUUUCGUCCGAGCUGGCUGCAUGCAAGGCUCCUGGUGGGGGAAAUGAACUCAAAACAACAAUUUCCAUACUAAACAAGCUCUCAAGCUGUUCAUGGGCUGAGAAGGCAGUGCUGGUAAUUGCGGCUUUUGCUUUGGACUAUGGAGAUUUCUGGGGCCUUGCGCAGUUACACGACUCUCUGGACCAUCUGGCUGAGUCAGUGGGAAUCACACACCGUGUACCUGCCAUGUCAAAACGCCCAGACCUUAAAAAAUGCCAGAAAGUGAUUGAGGUGCGCAAGUUGAUCGAGAACACGUUGGAAGUAAUAAGAAGCUUUGCAGAGUUGGAAUUGACAUCUGAGUUGGCGGAAAAGUACUACAGAAAUAUACUUGCAACGACCACUUUAGCAAAAUGUAUCCCAGUGCAUGUCUUUUGGGCUAUCAUAACUGUUGUUGCUUGCACGACUCAAAUGUAUUGCCUUAGCAGUGAUGAGGACAAGACACUGGAACUAUCGCCCUUGUCUGAGAAGAUGAAGAGAACCCGGAACAUACAAGAGACGCAGGUAGAAGAUCAAUUCGAACAACAAAGAGGCGAAGUGGACAAAUAUUGGGUAUUGAGGGAACUUCCAGAAACACCUAAAAAAAUUGUGGAGGCUUUCAAGACGGCACUGCUGAGUAUCGAUGUGCUGAAAAAUAAGAAUGUUUUAUUGUUCAUUUCGGACGUCAUGGACAUCUCCGUUGAAGAAAUCUCGAUUUUAAAGCCCAUUUUUGAUGGGAUAAGAGAUAAGGAUGAACCGUAUGAAAUUGUAUGGAUCCCAAUAGUGGAGCAUUGGACCGAUGACAUGCAAGCGAAGUUCGACAUGUUGCAGUCCAAAAUGCCGUGGUACAUAUUACAGGGUUUUCCACCAACAGUAGCAGACAUCCAGAUCAUGAAGAAUGAAUAUUGCAGCUUAAAGAAUAAGCCUAUCGUCGUGGUGAUAAACCCACAAGGGGAGGUGGUGCAUCCAAAUGCUCUCCGCAUGAUUCGGCUAUUCGGAAUGAAGGCCUUCCCUUUCACGGCGGAAGCUGAAAAAGCGAUAAUGCCUGAAGGAUUGCGUCGUCAAAAUAGGGGGAGAUUGACCAUGCCAAACAGUGGCCCGAGGCAGGAUAGCAAGAAUUACACUUUCAAGUGCUAUGGAAUUGCCAACACCUUGAAGGCAGAAUUUACUCAUCAUUUAGAUAUAAUUCGUGGGUAUCUGGCUUCAAAUAGUGAUCCGGACAUUCGGAUAAAUAUGAAAUUGAUUGAACAAAGUAACAGUACUGGACGGGUUGAGCUCUGGAAAGGUACUCCUGGCGAGAUAGUAGUUGAUGAUCAGGGGACAAAAAUUCUGAAUGUCUUGGAAAAUUUUGAGCAGUGGAAAGCAGAUGUGAAAGAUUUUGGCUUCGAUAAAUGUUUCAUGGAAUGCUACCAAACGCUUUAAUUUAAAGGAGCCUACGUACCAGGAAAUGGACAUCUCAAUCGUUAAUUAUGUUGGAAAGAUCCUGAUCUAGUGUAUGAUGUUUUUUUCGUUUGCAUGCAGUUGUUAUUGUAACCAUUCCGCCACUUAUGUUAGGAAGAUUGAUAUGCAAUUAUAUGCAUCACAUCUUGACUACGUUGGUAAUAAGCAGUGGCUAAUGUUAUGGAAUGGAUCCAUGUACGUGUUUUUUAAUGUUCUUGUACGUGUGGCAAU